AAAUAUUGCCAUUUAGUUAUAUUCCUAACCUCAUUUUAAUAACUAAGUGAUCCAUAACUCGUAUUCUUAAUCCCAAGCCAAUAAAAAGUCAUAAAUGUCAGCCAGGAGGUCUAAUCAGUCCAGGUAAAGGUUGGUGUGUCCCGGUCCUGUCAGCAGUCCAACAACAGGUACAGCUGAGAGAGGACGACACAGACAAUGACAGCGCUGGGCAGUGUUGUGGUUCAGACGGUCGUGUUGCUGACCGGGCUGGUGGUCGUUCAGGGAGACACCCCGGUGGGCUGUGUGUUUGGGGGGAGCUGUGUGCUGCCUUGCCGCUUCCAGCCAAACAGUGAUACGAUCCUCCACUGGAUCAAGAGGAAUGGGAAGAACGUUCAGGUCCACUCCUACUACGAGGACCAGGACCAACUGGGACACCAGGACCCUCUCUACAAGGGAAGGACCUCCCUGUUCCAUGACCAGAUCUCUGGGGGAAACGCAUCCCUUGGUGUGGCCAGGGUGAACCUCCAGGACCAGGGCAGGUACCUGUGUUACGCCAACACUUCACAGAACAACCAGGAGACCUUCGACACCCUUACAGUGAGAGGUGAGCUCAAGUCCUUGGUUAACCUUAACCCUAACCCUAACCCCAACUCUGAGUUUCUUGUUUUAAUGCGGUACAAUAUUAUCUUGGUCAUCGUUAAUGUGAAGUUAUUUGGUUCUGUCUUGCUGUCAUUGUUAUUAUCCUCAUUCUUAUUAAAGAAAGAAUAAUCCACAUUUUCUUUUUCUGUUUCAGCGGGAUCAUUUAGCACACCUUGGUUACAAUUAGGAUUCUAUUUUUAUGGUAUACUUUUAAUCAUCAUCAGCAUCAUCCUCAUCUGUUUACGUAUAAAAAGAAGGGUUUCUUUUGAAUUUUUUGUAUCAUUUUCUUUAAUAUUAGUUCUUGUAAAUUACUUCACAUUAUAUUUUAUUUCAUUCUUUGUGUCAUUUUCUCUUUUAUUUUUAAUUAAUUAAUUGAAAAUGUUUGUGUGGUUAUUUCUGGGUAAUUCAUUAGUGAUGUGAUGGGUAGUUUUAUCUGUAUUAUAAUGUAAUAAUCAACCACUAUUAUAUAUUUUAGUUUACUAUAUACUGUAUAUUCAUGUUAAUGAUGUAUUUUGGUUUGUCUUUGUCUUCACUGCCUCACUGUGGGAGGUCUAAAAUGAGCGUGCUUCACCUCAAACACACGAUGCCUCUGGUGCUGCACAGAUGUGUUAUGUUGUACCCAUUAAGUUAAAGGUGACCAUGUCAAAUUAAAUAAAUGAAUAUAUUUUAAUCA